UCCGUCUGUCUGUCAGGGAGGGAGCCGGGCAGAGGCAAGAUGUCCUCCCCGCACCUCUCCUCGUCCCGCAGACAGUCGUGCUAUCUGUGCGAUCUGCCCCGCAUGCCCUGGGCCAUGAUCUGGGACUUCACCGAGCCCGUGUGCCGCGGCUGCGUCAACUACGAGGGCGCGGACCGGAUCGAGUUCGUCAUCGACACAACCCGCCACUUGAAGCGCGCUCACGGCUUUCAGGAGGGAAGAUGCCCCCCUGGAGGACCGGGGCAGCCCCAGCCCGGCGGGGCAAAGAGCCAGGCGGGGUUACUGAGCGGGAAGGAGCCCGUAGGGCAGCCCUGCUUGGACCGGUAUUCAAUCGUUGCAGAUAACCGGGCCCGGUUCGACUACAGCAGGCUGCCCAACGGGCUUGGAGCGGCCAACGGUUUCAAAUCGAACGAAGGACCGCCCGAGUUAAACCGACAGAGCCCGAACGCGAGCCGACAGAGCCCGAACGCGAGCCGACAGAGCCCGAACUCGAGGAGCCGGACCCACGGCGGGCUGGUUCCGGUACCGGCCCCGGGACAGAUGACUAUACCGCCGAACCUGCUUCCUCAGACCGCCGGGAGAGCCGCCCCGCAUAGCUCAGCUGGCGGCGGGGCGUGCGAGCCCGGCGCGAAGCGGGAAAAUGACCAGCACGAGCGCGAGCUGAAGGAGAAACAGCGGAACGUGGAGACUCUCGCCGAGCUGAGCGACAGCCUCCGGAACCGGCAGGACGACUGGGCCAGCAAGCCGAAGCCCGUCAGGGACACGCUGCUCACGUUAUCCGGCUGUAUUCCCUUCGACGUCCGCUUCAAGAAAGACCACGCGCUGCUCGGGAGAGUGUUCGCCUUCGACGCCGUGUGCAAACCCGGCAUGGAGCACGAGCUGAAGAUCUUCGUGGAAUACCCGAGCGGCUCCGGAAACGUGUUCGCCAGCGCCUCGGGGGUGGCGAAGCAGAUGUACCAGGACUGCAUGAAGGACUUCGGGAGAGGGUUGUCAUCCGGGUUUAAAUACCUGGAGUACGAGAAGAGGCACGGCUCCGGGGACUGGCGCCUGCUGGGGGACCUGUUACCGGAGUCCCUGCGGUUCUUUAAGGAGGGGGUCGGGGGGGACAUGUUGCCGCAGCCCUACAUCGACAGCAGCUUCCCGCUGCUGCCCACCGCCCUGGUGCUCCCCGGCCGGGCGCUGGGUUCUGGCAGCUGGAGCGGCGGGAGCGGCAGCGGCGGGAGCGGCAGCGGCGGUAGCGGGAGCGGUAGCGGCGGCAGCGGCAGAGGCGGCGUGAGGAAGAGGAAAGCGUCCCCGGAGCCGGACCCGUUGCUGACCGAGGACCAGCAGAGACAGCAGUGGAUGAACAGCCAGACCGAAGCGCUCAAGCUCUCCAUGGCGGCGGGGUCUUUCGCUGGACCGCCGCCUCCGCUCCCCUCCGGCCGCGCCACACCCCCGGAUCCCUCCGCCGCCGCUGCUCCUCCGCAGAACGGACAGUCUCCCAUGGCGUCGCUCAUGUCAGUCGCAGACCCCCUCGUGAACGCGCACUCCCCCAACAACAAGGACGGAGACUCCGUUCACUCCACCACUCCAUCCUCCAGACACAACAGCAGCAGCCCCGUGUCCCCUGCCUCCGUGUCCGGACAGCGGCGCCUCUCGUCCCGCAACGGAGACCUCGGAAUGUCCACUACGUCGCAGGACCAGCACGUGCCCGACUCCCCCACCAUGGCGAACAGCGGGCCUCUGUGCUGCACCAUCUGCCACGAGCGCUUAGAAGACACACACUUCGUGCAGUGCCCCUCGGUGCCAAACCACAAGUUCUGCUUCCCGUGCUCCAGAGAGAGCAUCAAGGCCCAGGGCGCCUCCGGGGAGGUGUACUGCCCCAGCGGGGAGAAGUGCCCGCUGGUGGGCUCCAACGUGCCCUGGGCCUUCAUGCAGGGGGAGAUAGCAACCAUCCUGGCCGGGGACGUGAAGGUAAAGAAGGAGAGAGACCCCUGAGGAAGAAGAGGGAAGACUUUCUGUCUGCUUUCACUUCAGGAACACAUUGAUGUGCAAGUCUGCAGCUGAGCCUCAACACUUUGUCAGUGGAGAUAAUUCAUGUUAAACCUGGUUUCAACCUGGACCCCAUGUUAACUGACUGAUGGAAAUAAUAAUCGAAAUGUAUCCAGUAUUAAUCAAGAGAAGUUAAAGAGUACCUGUACGAUCCUUUUAGUGUAACAUGAAACAGCUCCUGAAAUCACCAAACCCACCAGACUCCAUGUAAAUAAUCACUACUUUUAUCAUUGUAAAACACAAUUCAUUCAAAGUGAACAGAAACUAAAUAAAACUACCAAAAGCCGUCUUGGUUCAUCUUUCCACUGUUCCACCAAUCACCACUCUGG